AUGCCCAACCGUCUUCUCCAUCUCAUACUCGUCGGUGUUGCCCUAUCCCGCGAGCCCAAUGGUUCAUAUUUCGUGAACAAGUCUAAACCUUAUUUGGCUUUGGUGUAUACAUUCUCAGACGAUGCUACAAAAGUGGAGAUUCUUUUCAACUGUGGGGUGGGUCCCAGACCAACUAAGGCGACCUUUGCUGUCACUAAGAAGUCCGAUGUGUUCUACCUCAUAUCACUGAACCAAAAUUUGCACUGGCUCCAGUUCAUUGACAGCUUUGAGAAGACAUGCCCGGAUUACUUACCUUUGGAAGAAGGAGACUUGUCUGAAAUAAAGUACGAUACUAAGUUCGACCACCCGUCUAUUCACCUCAAGGGACAAUGGUUGGAGCUGGCACACCGAGAGCCUCCUUCCCAUUAG